AAUCUAUAGUCAGUUGACGUUGGGACCUUAUCAAAUACUAAAUACGAAUUGAAACAUGUCGGAGUCAAUUUUUAAUUAUUUCCACUAAGUCGUGACUACAAUAGCUCUAGUUUUCAAUACACCGUAUUUGUAAAACUGUUUAAAGCUCGAUGAUUAGAAAACGUCAGAAGUGAAUUUUGGUAAAUGCUACAUAUUUUAGUAGGAUUUGUGAAACUAAAAAAACGUCGAAAAAUACGGUGAUAAUUUAAUUUUCUAUAUUUUUAAUAUGGAGAAAAUUGAACCACAACAAAACUUCAAUGACAUCAUAACAUAUGAGGAAACAAUUCAAGAAUAUUCUAUACAAUGCAAUGACAGUAAAAUUAAUUCCUUAAAUAGGAAAAAUUCUAUAUCUUUAAAGAAGGAAUGUAAUAAAGGCAAUGGAGUGCAGAAUCAAGAUUUAUUUGGCGCCGUUUUUGAAUUAGCUGGACUGAAAGAAAAAGAAGGCGCAAAGGAAUUCGGAACAUUAAUACUUCUGGGAGUAAUGCUACUACUUUUUAUCAUAAGUAUUAGUGGAUUUUUCAUCAUGUGGUUCACAGAGUACUAUAAUAAUACAAUGCUUUCGCAAAUAGUCUUAAAAAAUGAUUCCGAAAUAGCUAGAAAUUGGAUGGACCCAAACCCUAAAUAUGACACAUUACUGAAAGUGCAUAUAUUCAACUAUACAAACAUAGAUAAAUAUUUGGCUGGAAUAGAUGAUAAAAUCAAGGUGGAGGAUAUUGGGCCUUUAACAUAUAAAGAACAUACAACAAAAGUAAACGUUUCGUUUAAUCAAAAUCAUACCGUUACUUUUAGGGAUCAUAGGUCGUACGAAUUCCUUGCUGAAAAAUCUAGUUGCGGAGAAUUCGAAAAAUUUGUGCUUCCGAAUGUUCCGCUCAUAAGUGCGUCAACUAAAUUGGAAAAUAUGAAUAUGUUUAAAAAAAUUUUGGCGGUAAAAUUAAUUAAUGGGAUUAACGAAAAUGCUUUUAAACUUCUUAGCGCGCACGAACUUUUAUGGGGCUAUCGCGAUCCCAUAGUGUCUAUGGAUAUUGGAACCGGCUUAACACACUUCGGUUUAUUAAUGACUCGAAACGGAACCAGUGUCGAUUCUUUGCAAAUAAAUACGGGCGAAGACGACAUUCGCAAAUUUAGCAUAAUAACGCAAUUUAAUGGAAAACCCCUUUUGGAUUUCUGGAGUGAUGAUGAAUGCAACCGUAUUGAUGGUUCAGAUGCAACAAUGUUCCCACCUCAUAUCUUAGAUAAUAGAGAAGACUUGCAAGUUUUUCUACAAGUACUUUGCAGAAAAAUUCCAUUACAUUUUGAGAAGGAGGUGACAAUUCUUAAUAACAUUGACGCAUUACGUUAUCGCACCACAUUGAAUGUAUUCUCUAGGCCAAAUGAAAAUCCAGAAAAUACAUGCUAUUGUCGUAAUACCCAGCUUUGUUUACCUAAUGGAGUAAUUAAUGCUACAAAGUGCUACAAUGGCGCGCCAAUAUUUCCCUCUUUUCCACAUUUCUUCUCGGGUGACCCCGAAAUUUAUAAGGAUAUUGAGGGAAUAAAACCCAUACAGGAACUCCAUCAAACAUAUGCCGAUAUCCAUCCACGAUUUGCAUUUCCUAUAAGUGGAGCAUCCCGAAUACAAAUAAACAUUGCAGUUCACAAGGGUCCAAUUUUAAGAAAUAAAAUGGAUCGAAUAAAAGAAGGAACCAUCCUGCCGCUUAUAUGGAUUGAAAUUACGUCAGGUGACUUUACCGAUGAAAUUAUUGAUAACCUUUAUAUAAGCACAUUUGGGUUAAAUGCAAUUCAGUAUGCUUUGAAAUACGGCACCUUGUUUGCUUGUAUUAUUUCAUUUGCACUAAUCGUUGGUGGAUUUUAUAACUUAACGCAAAAACGAAGGCAGCACUCGGUUUCAGUUCAGAGUAAAACUUCAACCUAAAAUAGAUAUUAAGUAUUAAUAAAACAAAACCAAACUAUGUAAAUAUAGAAAUAAUAGUUUUUAAUUAAU